CACACUACAAAGUUUGGAUUUCAUGCCAUGUAUUGGCUGAUCAAAGCAUGGGAUGAGUUUGUGGCAUCUGCUCUGAUAGUGGAGCAUGAUCUGGUUGUUUCUGCAAGGAAAGAAAUGGUGGGUGAUUGGUUCUUUGUGGUGGCAGGCUUAGUGCUGUUUAUAGGAAGCCUGAACAUGGACGUCCUGGAAGUGAUUCACAACUUUCUGUUCAUCCUUCUCACAGUUUCAACAAUCCCCCAGAUCCCCCUGCAAGGUUACUACAUAUUUUUUGGUGUAGACUGUUCUCUUUUCACUGCAGUCUCUGUUUAUGGCACAUUCUCACGUCUCAUUAACACCAUAGCAGAAAAAGUCCUCAUACCUGUAGGACCUCAGCCAGUUUCCUCUGAGCAGAUGAAGAAUGCACUGAAGUGUGGAAGGUCUACACAGGAAGCACUGCCCCAAACUGACCAGACCUCAGAUGCUCUGUUUUACCUUCUAAAUGGGGUUGCAGCUCUUUCAMCUCUUCAUUCAAGUGUGUCGAGUAUGAAUCCUUUCUUCCUUCGUCUGGCUGUUCCUUGGGUCCUGAUCUCUGGAGCYAUUGUCCAGYUCUACAUCAGCAGGCUCCAAGUCACAGGAGGUGACCGCUUUGGAUCAGUCAUCUCCUCCCUCUAUGUGGUUGUGUGGGCCACUUGGACGUGGUUUCGCUUUGCAGGUGACCUGGAUCAGCUCUACAAGGAGGCAAAUUAUGGAUUCACAGCAGGGGCCAUUGCUUUCCUGGUCAUCAAUGUUUUCCUCAUAAUGAUUGCUGCUUGUAGGAACCUGGUUCUACUGUUCCUAACAACAAUCAUGGAGAUUGUUCUUGUCUGUUUCCUUCUUUCCACCCUAKAAAACUUGCCAUACCAACUUGAAAGUAAGUCAUUCAACACCUAA